UACGCAGAGAGUAUUGGGAAGCUCUGUAGUGGUCUUUUUACCUGAAUAAGAUGGCCAUGUUGCCCUUAAUUACGAUUCUUCUAACCUCAGGUUCCCUCUGUCACUCUCAAUUUACUUUUAAGUACUCGCUGACAAGAGAUGAGAGUUCAUGGAAGCGAGAAGAGACCGAAUAUGGACAUUCAAUCUUCAAGAGGAGUCUUGACUGCCCACCAGGCAUCUAUUUUUGUCCAGAAACAUCACCAUUGGUCUUACAGCCAGGAGAUCCGAGUAAAGGACAUGACUUCUUUAGAGAGGGUUACUUUGAUGAUGUAUGCAGCUACUUUCCAGAGUUUAUCGAAUGUGCAAAAAAUUAUCAUUAUAAAUCCAACCCGUUCUGCGAAGAUAUUGUUCGAGACUACGCAUCCAUUUUGACUCUACGAGAGAGAACAUUGUGCAAAUCGCCUAUACUUCCCGUUGCAAAAGAGAUACGCGAGUGUCUGAAUAAUAAGGUCACACAGCUACUAACUUUAUAUGAGCAAGUCAGGAAUCUGAUCCAUGCGGCUGUGUGGAAUAUUGCAAAUCACUCCAAAGAAACGUUUUGUCCGCCCUACAAAACGAUAAUAGAAGAAACAAUCACGGAACUGAAAACCUGUGACAAGUACGGCUUCAAGUGGUCAGAAGAGAAAGAAACCAUCCUAAGGAACUACUAUUACCCAGCUCUUUCGUAUCUCGCUUUGCCGUUUCAGUGCGACGAUCUGUAAUCUUUAAAGUGUUGAAAGAAUUCUUUGAAAAAAAAAAUUCAAAACAGAAACAGUUUCCAAAUCCUCAGUUAAAUAUGUCUUAUUUUGGUUCAUUUCAUAAACCUUCCAAACAUGA